AUGGAUGAAGAGCAAUUGGACCUGGAUGUGAUGCAAAACUGGAUUAAAGAUCUUAAAGAUGCAGCUUACGAUGCAGAGGACUUGGUGGACAGACUGGCAACCGAAGCUUAUCUGAGGCAGGACCAGGUAUCGCUCCCCCGAGGUAUGGAUUUCCGCAAAAUAAGGAGCCAAUUUAACACAAAGAAACUCAACGAAAGGUUUGACCAUAUUAGAAAAAAUGCAAAGUUCAUACGAUGUGUUGUUCCAACUGAGGGUGGCUGGACUUCCAUACCCGUCCGACCGGAUAUGUCUACUGAGGGUGGCCGGACUUCCAUAUCCUUUCCACCGGAUAUGUCUACUAUUGUUGGUAGGGAAGACGAUAAGGAGAAAAUAGUAGACAUGUUGCUAGAUAGCAACUACGACACAGAAGUUGGCAUUCCAGUCAUUCGCAUAGUUGGGAUGACGGGUAUGGGAAAAACAACACUUGCUCAACUGGUCUACCUUGACGCUAGGGUAGUGAAACGUUUUAAGGAAAACAGAAUAUGGGUUUGUGUCACCGUGAAUUUUGACCUCUCUAGGAUUCUUAGAGAUAUCAUGAUGAGGUCUAAUCCUAACAUAAACCAUACAAAUUCAUCCCUCAACCAGUUAUGUGAGGAUUUUCAAAAAUUUGUACGUGGAAAAUGUUUUUUACUCGUUCUAGAUGAUGUCUGGACUGAUAAUGAUGAGGAAUGGAAGAGGCUUCUAGAUCUCCUACGGGAAGGGGCAAAGCAGAGUAGAGUUCUGGCCACCAGUCAAAAGACUGAAGUUUGCCAUGUCCAGUACAUGCAAAUUACUCACAACUUGAACUUUUUGUCGUACAACGACUGCUGGUCUUUGUUUCAACGAACUGCAUUUGGACAAGACCAUUGUCCAUCCCAACUAGUCGAAUCUGGAACCAGAAUCGUCCGCAAGUGUCAGAAUUUGCCUUUGGCAGUAAAGGCAAUGGGAAGCUUUCUGGGCCGCAAUCUUGAUCCAAAAAAAUGGCGAAAAAUCUCAGAACUUGACAUAUGGGAAGCUGAGAAGGGGGAGCCCAAAUCUACGAGCCCCAGCAUUUUCCCCGCGCUGAAAUCGGUUUUUUUGGAACCGGCCGGUUCGUCCGGUUCACCGGUUGAACCGCCGGUUCGAACGGUUCAACCCCGGUUCGAUCUCAAUCCGGUCCAAAUGAUCGGAUCGGACCGGAAUGGUGACCGGUCGACGGUUGGACCAGUCCGACCGGCCGGUCCGGGGUAUUCAUUCGAUAAGAAGGAGUUGGUUCAAUUAUGGAUAGCGGAAGAUUUAAUCCAGUUCCAAGGACAAAAAAGGAUGGAGAUUGCAGGUGAAUAUUUCAAUGAGUUGCUAACCAGGUCCUUCUUUCAAAGUCCAGACGUAGACAGGAAAAGGUACAGGAUGCAUGAUCUUUUCCAUAAUCUGGCACAAUCAAUUUCUGGUCCCUAUUCUUGCCUAGUGAAGGAGGAUAACACGCAAUAUGAUUUCUCUGAACAAACUCGUCAUGUGUCAUUGAUGUGUAGAAAUGUGGAGAAACCUGUCCUGGAUAUGAUUGAUAAAUCAAAGAAAGUGCGCACACUUCUACUCCCCAGCAAUUAUUUGACAGAUUUUGGCCAAGCUCUAGAUAAAAGGUUUGGCAGAAUGAAAUACAUCCGUGUGUUGGAUCUGAGUUCAAGUACAAUUCUUGAUGUACCAAAUUCAAUCCAAGAGUUGAAGCUGUUGCGCUAUCUCAACCUCUCCAAAACUGAAAUCAGAAGUCUCCCCGCCUUCCUCUGCAAACUCCAUAAUCUGCAAACCCUACUACUGUUAGGGUGUGUUUUUCUUUCAAAAUUGCCCAAGAACAUUGCCAAGCUAAUAAACUUGAGAGAUCUUGAACUAGAUGAAGUGUUCUGGCACAAAACCACAAAGUUGCCACCAAGAAUUGGGAGCUUAACCAGUCUGCAUAACUUGCAUGCAUUUCCAGUUGGGUGCGACGAUGGAUAUGGGAUUGAAGAACUCAAGGGCAUGGCAAAGCUUACGGGAUCAUUGCGUAUUUCAAACCUUGAGAAUGCAGUGAAUGCAGGUGAGGCAAAAUUGAAUGAAAAAGAAAGCCUUGAUAAACUUGUGUUGGAAUGGAGCAGCCGAAUUGCUUCCGCACUAGAUGAAGCAGCAGAAGUGAAGGUGCUUGAAGAUUUACGGCCCCACUCAGACCUCAAAGAGCUCCACAUUUCUAAUUUUUGGGGUACCACAUUUCCACUUUGGAUGACAGACGGGCAGCUCCAAAAUCUGGUAACUGUUUCCUUGAAAUAUUGUGGAAGAUGUAAAGCCCUUUCACUCGGUGCGCUACCCCACCUUCAAAAACUCAACAUUAAAGGGAUGCAGGAGUUGGAGGAACUAAAGCAAUCAGAGGAGUACCCAUCCCUGGCUUCCUUAAAGAUCAGUAAUUGCCCCAAUCUGACAAAGUUGCCAUCCCACUUUCGUAAGCUAGAAGAUGUGAAGAUCAAAGGUUGCAACUCUCUCAAGGUCCUUGCCGUAACCCCAUUUCUGAAAGUCCUAGUACUUGUUGGCAAUAUUGUUCUGGAAGAUUUGAAUGAAGCGAAUUGUUCCUUCUCUAGUCUCUUGGAAUUGAAGAUUUAUGGUUGCCCAAAGCUGGAGACCUUACCACAAACAUUCACACCAAAGAAGGUAGAGAUUGGUGGCUGCAAGUUACUGAGAGCUCUCCCAGCCCCAGAGUCCUGCCAACAACUUCAGCACUUACUUCUGGACGAAUGUGAGGAUGGAACACUAGUGGGCACAAUACCAAAGACCAGUUCUCUAAACUCUUUGGUCAUUUCAAACAUUUCAAACGCAGUCUCUUUCCCAAAGUGGCCUCAUCUUCCUGGUCUCAAGGCUUUGCACAUCCUUCAUUGCAAAGAUCUAGUUUAUUUUUCCCAAGAAGCAUCACCAUUCCCAAGUUUGACCUCACUUAAACUUCUGUCCAUCCAAUGGUGCUCCCAACUUGUAACAUUGCCUGAUAAAGGGCUCCCCAAAUCCCUAGAAUGUUUGACUCUUGGUUCCUGCCACAAUCUCCAGUCCCUUGGUCCUGAUGAUGCGUUGAAGAGCCUCACCUCCCUCAAGGAUCUUUACAUCAAGGACUGCCCCAAACUCCCCUCAUUACCGGAGGAGGGUGUUUCUAUUUCCCUUCAACAUUUGGUAAUUCAAGGAUGUCCCAUACUAGUGGAGCGCUGCACAGAGGAUGAUGGAGGAGGACCAGAUUGGGGAAAGAUCAAGGACAUAACUGACCGAGAGAUUGGUUCCACUGAAGUAACAUCAUCCCUCGAUUUCUCAAACCAAAUUCAAGAUCACCCAAAAGCAUCUUCAACUCGUUGGCAUCAUCCUUUUGUGAAGUACUGGAAAGAAAGACCGUUUGACAUAGAGAUGCCAAAACCAUCAGAUUUAGCAAAACAUGGAAGAACUUUUGACGAGGAAAAGCAAGAACCAUCAAAUUUGGGAGAGCGAUUCACUCUCGACAAGUGGAUUCAGUUGGCAGGCUAUUCUGCACCGCCAGGAGUCCCUCCCAUGGUAGCACCACCAGUGCCCCCACGGCCAGAGCAGGGCGAGCUCCCAACAGAGACCACACCACCAGUACCCACACCUAAGGCUACUUCUACUGCUUCGCCUACGACUCCCACUGUUCCACCAGUCACACCUACUACAUUCGAGCCUUCUAUCACCAUAUCGGCUUCAGAGUUUCGCGCCCUGGUUCAUACCUUUCAGACACUCACCACCACCCAUUCUGCUCUCUUCCAGCAGAUGGCUGAGUUGUGUGCCCAUCAGGACCAGCAAACUACUAUUCUCCGCCAAAUUCAGCAGUACCUAGGACUCUUGCCUUCGCCUCAGCCUGACCUUCCCGCAUCCUCAGCGCCUAUAGCUCCAUUUGAGGACACUACACCAGCAGAGGUUCGGAUUCCACCACCUCAGGAUGAGCCUCCCACAGUCACAGCUACGCUUGUGGAGGCAUCAUCUCCACCUGAGGCUCCCACUACUUGA